CCAUUUUCAAUUUCAUUUUCAUUUAUCUGUUUUUAAUUGAUUAUUCUUGGCCAUGAUUUCAAAUUAACCCUAUCUUGUAUCACAACCCUUAUAAGAAAAACACCCAAAUCGUAACCCUACUCACACUCGAUCGAGUGAUUUAGGGUUUUUAAAAGGGGGUAAUCGUUUUCAUCUGGGUGGGUAUAUUGGAAUCUGAUUAGUUGAUGAUGGCUCGAUUGAUUGUUCCAUGCAAAGGUUCGAGCUUGCCGAGGACUUGUCUCUUGGGUUUGAUUUCAUCUGCUCAUCUUCAAGCUACUUCCCGUCUUCCAUCUGCAAAAUUUGCAAAUACCAUCUCUAAAUACCGGCAUUAUCAUAAUUCAGAGAUUACACAUAGGAGCUGCCGAUUUCCAUACCAUUCKUUGUCGAGAACAAAUCAAACCAGUAGAACACUCGUUCGUUCCGUGGCAACAGAUUCUUUGCCAAAGUCGGUUGAAGAAUCGAAUAUGGAUGCUCCUAAAGAGAUCUUCCUAAAAGAUUACGAAUUACCAGAUUACUACUUCGAUACGGUGGAUCUGAGUUUUUCGUUGGGCGAGGAAAAAACAAUCGUGUCAGCAAAAAUCAGCGUCGCUCCUAGAGUUGAUGGUGCCGGGUCUCCAUUGGUUUUGAAUGGGACUGAUCUCAAGUUGGUUUCGGUUAAAGUUAAUGGCAACGAGCUGAAGAUGGGAGAUUUUCAUGUGGAUUCACGACAUCUUAUUCUCACAUCGCCUCCAAGUGGGAAUUUUGUCUUGGAAACUCUCACCGAGAUUUUACCACAGAAGAACACAUCAUUGGAGGGUCUUUACAAGUCUUCGGGUAAUUUCUGUACACAAUGUGAAGCAGAAGGUUUCCGGAAGAUAACAUUUUAUCAGGAUCGUCCUGAUAUUAUGGCGAAAUAUACUUGUCGUAUUGAGGCCGACAAGUCAUUGUACCCGGUGUUGUUGUCUAAUGGAAACCUCAUCGAGCAAGGAGACCUAGAGGGCGGCAAGCAUUUUGCUCUUUGGGAAGAUCCGUUCAAGAAGCCAUGCUAUCUUUUCGCUUUAGUUGCUGGACAGUUAGAGAGCCGAGACGACACUUUCAUAACGUGUUCGGGUCGUAAAGUUGCCCUGAGAAUAUGGACCCCGGCACAAGAUCUUCCCAAGACGGAACACGCCAUGUAUUCUCUCAAAGCCGCCAUGAAAUGGGAUGAAGAAGUUUUUGGUCGUGAAUACGAUCUUGAUCUCUUCAACAUUGUGGCCGUUCCAGAUUUCACUGAUUGGUUCCAAUUGAGUUUGAAGGAAGGUCUUACCGUCUUCCGUGAUCAAGAAUUUUCAUCCGACCUGGGCAGCCGUACAGUAAAGCGGAUCAGUGAUGUUUCGAAGCUUCGUAUCUACCAAUUUUCACAGGAUGCGGGUCCCAUGGCUCACCCCGUUAGGCCUCACUCAUACAUUAAGAUGGACAACUUCUAUACGGGYAAGUUUCUUAUACGAAUAGCGGGGAUGGCUGAUUGUGGUUUUUCGAUUUUACGUUCACAGGUGUACGMRAAGGGGGCRGAAGUUGUUCGUAUGUACAAAACUCUAUUGGGAAGUGAAGGAUUCCGAAAAGGAACGGAUUUGUACUUCGAGAGGCACGACGGGCAAGCUGUAACUUGUGAAGAUUUCUUUGCCGCUAUGCGAGAUGCUAAUGAUGCGGAUUUUGCUAAUUUCUUAUUAUGGUAUUCGCAAGCUGGAACUCCUGUCGUGAAGGUUACUUCUUCUUACGAUGCUCAAGCUCAUACCUUUUCUUUGAAGUUUAGCCAAACUGUGCCUUCUACACCAGGGCAGCCCACGAAAGAGCCGAUGUUCAUUCCUGUGUCGGUGGGACUUCUCGACUCAUGCGGCAAGGAUUUGCCGCUAUCAUCUAUCUAUCAUGACGGGAAAUUAGAGUCCGUCACAUGCAAGGGUCAGCCCGUCUACACUACGGUUCUAAGAGUUACAAAGGGUGAAGAAGAAUUUGUAUUCUCCGAUGUGCCGGAGAAGCCUGUUCCGUCUCUGUUGCGGGGUUAUAGCGCUCCUAUUCGCCUAAACUCUGAUCUCACAGAGAAGGAUCUCUUUUUCCUUCUUGCUCAUGAUUCAGAUGGAUUUAAUCGUUGGGAAGCUGGACAAAUAUUGGCAAGGAAAUUGAUGCUCAGCCAAGUUGCUAAUUUCCAAAAAGAUGAACCGUUGGUUCUCGAUCCACAGUUCGUGCAUGGUAUCAAAUGCAUUCUUCUGGAUUCAAGUUUGGACAAGGAAUUUAUCGCGAAAGCAAUAACUCUCCCCGGUGAAGGUGAGAUCAUGGAUAUGAUGGAAGUAGCGGACCCGGAUGCCGUCCAUGCCGUUCGAUCUUUUAUCAGAAAGCAGCUUGCUUCUGAAUUGAAACAAGAGUUCCUAAACCUGGUGAAAGAAAACCGGAGCUUGGAAAAGUAUGAGUUUAACCAUGCUAAUAUGGCAAGACGGGCUCUGAAGAACACGGCCCUUGGUUAUCUGGGAUCUCUUGAUGAUCAAGAAGUGAUUGAGCUCGUGUUGCAUGAAUACUUAACUGCCACAAAUAUGACGGAUCAGUUCUCGGCUUUGGCAGCCAUUGCCCAGAAACCUGGUCAAGCCCGUGAUGAUGCUUUGGCCGACUUCUAUAAGAAAUGGCAGCACGACUUUCUCGUGGUUAACAAGUGGUUUGCGCUUCAAUCCGCGUCGGAUAUUCCUGGGAAUGUCGAGAAUGUUCGGAAACUUCUAGACCAUCCGGCAUUUGACCUAAGAAAUCCCAACAAGGUGUAUUCUCUGAUCGGAGGAUUUUGUGCCUCGCCAGUUAAUUUCCAUGCGAAUGAUGGUUCGGGAUACAAGUUUUUGGGAGAACUCGUGGUGCAACUCGACAAACUGAACCCUCAGGUGGCAUCUCGGAUGGUUUCAGCCUUUUCUAGGUGGAAGCGUUAUGAUGAAACCCGACAGAAUCUUGCGAAGGCACAGCUGGAGAUUAUCAUGUCGGCUAACGGGUUGUCGGAGAACGUGUUUGAGAUCGCGUCAAAGAGUUUGGCGGUUUAGAAGUGUGGUGAUCUCUUUGGUUUGAAGAAUUAAAGUGGCAAAAAUCAUAUACAAGUGACUUUAGGAUAUUUUUGCCAUUUUAUCGGGUUUUUUCCUCUUUAGCUCAAAUAAAAAUCGCAUGGACCAGAAUCAUAUAAUUGAUUUUGAUUGAAUGAAAGACGAAUAAAAUCAA